UCAGGUGUAGCUGCUGCUGCAGGUGCAGAGUAUCGGUGAAGAGUCUCUUCAUAAGACAAGCAGCAAUGGGGGUUGAGAAAAUGGAAAUGGACGACACAGACUCUACUCUGAUGGAGAAGGGACAGAAGCCAAUCGCUCCCAAAGCUCCCAACAAAUACGAGACUCUGUUCCAGCCCUGCCUGGCCGAGAUAAUCGGGACCAUGUUCUUCGUUUUCGUCGGCUGUGUGUCCGUCAUCGAGAAUGUGCCGGCGGCUGGACGGCUGCAGCCGGCCCUGGUGCACGGACUGGCUGUGGCGGUGAUGGUGGCGGUGAUGGAUAACAUCAGCGGCUCCCAUUUCAACCCUCCCUUCACUAUUGCCAUCUACCUGUGUGGAGGCAUGGAGCUGAUGAUGGUGGGUCCCUACCUGGUCAGCCAGCUGAUUGGAGGAGUGCUCGGAGCUGCAAUGUCCAAGAUGAUGACCCCUACAAGCCGCUACCUCAACGCCACAGGAGCAGCGUUUGAUAUCCUCAAGUCAGAGAGCCAGCUGUCCGGAGCCAUCUUUGGGGAGGUGGCCAUGACCUGCCUGAUCACCAUGGUGGUGCUGCUGGUGGCGGUGAACAGCAAGACGAAAACCCCGCUGGCUCCGUUCCUGGUGGGCUGCACCGUCAUUAUCAACGUCCUGGCAGGGGGGGACGUGUCAGGAACGUGUCUGAACCCUGCCAGAGCUUUCGGUCCAGCUGUGAUGACCAACUACUGGGUCUACCACUGGGUCUACUGGGUGGGGCCCAUCGGUGGAGGCCUGGUGGCCGCUGCUUUGCUCAGGCUCGUUCUGGGUGAUGAUAAGUUACGAGUCGUUAUGAAAACAUAA